CCUUUCCCUUAUUUUUUCACUUAGGCAUUGCAACAUCUAAACAAACAGAAAAACAUGUAUUUGGCACCGCCUUUUGUUAUAUUCCUUUGCAUUGUUUACUUUCCGCAUCACAACAUCCUUGAUAUGCUUAGUAUGGUACUGGCGCCAUUGCGACUCAUAGCAUAUGCGGCCAUGCUAUUAUACCCAAAGUGCAACAACCCUCUGUCAUCUUACAAUUAUUGUAUUUGGCUUCCACCAGUACUUGCUUCUUUUUUCCACGACGGUCUUAGGAUGUACAUUCUUCUCAAAUCCUUAUGCGGCCGUCGAUUACCAGUCCCAUACGACACCGAGCUGUUCCAACUCAAAACAGCGUUGACCUGGCUCGCCAUCAUGAUCGUGUUUUGGACAAAUGCAGCUGUGCUACAACAGGCCCUGUUUGAUGUCACGAUUGGUUACACGAAAAAGCAAGAUGCUUUCGUGGAUACAAUAUUCGAGAUGCUUCUUGUGCCUCUUGUUCCUCCUCUCAAAAUCUUGGUCUACGUGAUCGCAUUAGUAGUUGCAUCAACGUCUUCGAGUGCAUCGUGGACUCUUGCGGCUGAACAGCAUCAUGGUGUACGACCACCACUAUUUUUGUUUUACUCCCUUGCAAUGCUCCAACCUGUCAGCUCUGGAUUCCGAGCUCUCUUUCUUUUCCUGCUACAGCACCAGCACCCCUUUUUUCGCUGGACACGUAUCAAAAAUAUCCUGUUUACGGCAGUUUGCUACAGCAUUAUACAUUGUGAAGCCGUUGUUACUUCCCGAUUGGUUGAUGAGAUUAUGGAUUUUCCGAUGUCUAUCAUAGAUAUGUUACUUCAAUUAGAGCAGUAAAAUUAAAGACAUGUAAGAAAAAUAAAACAGAAGUAAGCUGACAAAUUCUGAUAACGCGAUGCAUUAAAAUUUAAAGUGCCGCAAUAAGUGCUGCGCUCAGAUCAUGUGCACUUGAUCCGGAAAAACACAACUCCGCUGGGGUCUCCCCCCCAAUUUGUAUCUCGUUGGAGUGGCCCUCCACUCACUCCAUGACAGGCGCCAAGGCCUGCUCUUCCUGCUCUUCUUCUUCGUUUCC